UUCAAAACAGCCUCCUCUUUUGAGCCUGUUCAACUACCGUGGAUAGUACGGAGAUUCACUUAACCUAGUCUCUUUCAAACGCGCCCGAGCGGCCUUUUUCAGAAGCUCAGCCUGAUGCUGAGUGGGGCUAUAUGAGGUCUCCGGUGCGCCGUUUGAUGAGAGGACGCAAUUGUUUCCGAUGGGCCCCAGUUAAGUUCUGACGGGAAUCCUGACGCUAGACAGCCAUCUUGCCCGCCUCAACUGUCUUUUUCCAAAAGAGGAGCCCAAAGGAGGACUGGUCUUUUUCUACAAAUAUCAAAGCCAUGGCUCAGGAGUCAGUGAUGUUCAGUGAUGUGUCCAUAGACUUCUCUCAGGAGGAGUGGGAAUGCCUGAAUGAUGAUCAGAGAGAUUUAUACAGAGAUGUGAUGUUGGAGAAUUACAACAACCUGGUUUCAAUGGCAGGACAUUCUAUUUCUAAACCAGAUGUGAUCUCCUUCUUGGAGCAGGGGAAGGAGCCCUGGUUGGUUAACAGAGAAGUAACAGGAGGCCAGUGUCCAGUCCUGGGAUCAAGAUGUGAAGCCAAGAAAUUAUUUCUGAAGAAGGAAAUUUAUGAAAUAGAGUCAGCCCAGUGGGAGAUAAUGGGAAGACUUACAAGACAUGACCUUCAGUGCUCUAGUUUCAGAGAUGAUUGGGAAUGUAAUGACCAAUUUGAGAGACAACAUGACUCUCAGGAGGGACAUUGCAGUCAACCAAUAUACACCCAUGAAGGCAUGCCCACUUUUAAUCAUCAUCCAUCCUUUACAUUACAGCAAAUCAUUCAUAAUAAAGAGAAAUACUGUGCAUCUAGGGAAUAUAGGAAAACCUUUACACAUGACUCACAGCUUAUUACACAUCAGAUAAUUCAUACUAUUGAAAAACCCUAUGAAUGUAAGGAAUGCGGAAAGGCCUUUAGACAUCCCUCAAGACUCAGUCAUCAUCAGAAAAUUCAUACUGGCAAGAAACCCUUUGAAUGUAAAGAAUGUGGAAAAACCUUUAUUUGUGGCUCAGACCUUACUCGACAUCAGAGAAUUCACACUGGUGAGAAGCCUUAUGAAUGUAAGGAAUGUGGGAAGGCCUUUAGUAGUGGUUCAAACUUCACUAGACAUCAGAGAAUUCACACUGGUGAGAAGCCCUAUGAAUGUAAAGAAUGUGGGAAAGCCUUUAGUAGUGGCUCGAACUUUACUCAACAUCAGAGAAUUCACACGGGGGAGAAACCCUAUGAAUGUAAGGAAUGUGGCAAUGCCUUUAGUCAGAGCUCACAACUUAUUAAACAUCAGAGAAUUCAUACAGGUGAGAGACCCUAUGAAUGUAAGGAAUGUGAAAAGGCUUUUCGUUCUGGUUCAGACCUUACUCGACACCAGAGGAUUCAUACUGGUGAGAAACCCUAUGAAUGUAAGAUAUGUGGGAAAGCCUAUUCUCAGAGUUCACAACUUAUUAGUCAUCACAGAAUUCAUACUGGUGAGAAACCCUGUGAAUAUAGGGAAUGUGGGAAAACCUUUAAUUAUGCCUCACAAGUUAUUCAGCAUCAAAAUUUGUACUGGUGAUAAACCAUAGAAUAUAUGAAAUGUGUGGGAAGGCUUUUAAUUACAUCUCAAAACUAUUCAACAUCAGAAAAUUAUCUUAAUCAUAAUUAUUCUGAAUAAUGUAGAAACAUGUUAUUUGUUGACUACAGCUUAUUCAGUCCAAGAAAAAUGUAGGAAUAACACCCCAGUAGUAAAAUCCAUUUUGGAAGCUCUUUAAUAGAAUUUGUAUUUCUUUUGACACCAGGUAACUGGACCUAGCAAAUACUCAAAAUUACACAACUUUUGGCACCUUUAUAACCUUAAAAAUUAGAUAAUUUAUGCUAAAUUGUAAUCCUGUGAUUUUUAUUUUCUUUUUCCCCCUAAUUUGUCUAUACUUAUUACAUUCUUAAUCAUUUAAUUCAUCAUAAAUUUACAUGACUCUUAAGUCCAUGUGUUUAUAUCAUGGAUUGUAAAAUACCUUUAUUUUAAAAAUACCUUUAAUAACAGAAAGGUGACGUCUUUAUUUUUUAAGACAACCUACUUUUUGCUCUUUAGAAAAUUUAGGCUUUCUUAUUCUAAAAACAGUCAUGAAAAACUUUGCACUCAGUAAACAGAAAUCCUUUAAUGGCUUUAUGGUGUGUCCUUGUAUUGCCAUAAUACCAUUUUAUCAAAUUCCUAUUGAUAGACAUUGAAGUUUCCUCCAGAGUUUUUGCCAUUACACACAGUACCCUGAUGGACAUUAUUCUUUGGCAUAUCUUUAUAUCAUGUCUCUUAUUUUAAUUGCAGAAAUGAUUCAUGAAUAUAGUUUCCUUAUAAAAGAUUUAAACAUUAUAAAUAAGACAAAUAUACCCUUUGAACAUUAUCCUUGUACCCAUUUUCUUUCCUGAAGGAUAGUUGUUAUCUGUUUAGUAUUUAACAUUCCCUAGAAUUUUUGUUUUUAUAUAUGUGUAUCUUAGUAGAAAUUCUAAAAUGGAGAUAAGUGUAAUACCUACCUCAUAAUUUUGUGUGAGAAUCAAAUAUGACAAAAUAUUUAGAAUUAUACAUGUCAUAAUAAAUAUCAAAUGUUAGUCAUUGUUAUAU